UUCUAAAGGUGCCGAGUGUGCCGAUUGUUCCUAUGCUGCUGAUUUAGCCAUUACGAACUCGUGUUGAUGUAGUUCCCUUUUGUGGCCAGUGGCCUUUUAAAUCCUACUUCCCUGACCAAUGGAGCACUCGGUGGCCCCGAAGGCCAAAGUUCAAGGGGCAGGAGUAUCUAUUAUUCAAGCUCCCAGGCGGUGCCAUUGCAAUUGCAAUUGCAACUGCAAUCGUAAUGAUUACCUGCGGUCUGUAGCAAUAAUUGAUGCACAGUAUAUCGGUAAUUGCGUAGAAUGCUGAAUUCAGAAUGAUAUUUCCCAUUGAUAAACUCGCAUAUACUCGUAUAUGUUAGUCCCACAUUUUAUAAACAAUGCCAAGUUUUACGCAUACAACUUAAAAUUCAGUCAGCGAAAACUUCCUGGGCAUUUAUCUUAUUUAAUUUAGGAAAUUAUCGUUUGUUUUGCCUUUGCUGAAUAUAAAAACUAACCAUAGGAUUAGACGCCCCUAAAUAUGUCUAGUAAAUUAUCUUUGUUAUUUAACUAAAAUGCCGUUUGUGGAAGCUAUUUUUAGCACUAAUCACGAGUAGCUCAGCUGGCAUGUUUUCCACUUUCCAAGAAUUUUCUUCCCAAACAAUUACGUCAAUAAUAAUGGUAUGUAAUUGCGUAUUGUUUCCUGUUUGAAAGUAAUUAUUUCAAAAACCUCAAUCAUUCGAGUAUUUUGUUUUUUCGAUUCCUAUCUCGGUUGGUCGUCACAAUUUCUGAACUCCCCUUUAGCACAUGGUAUUAAAUCUAUAUACAAAUUAUAGGGCAUUACAUUAUCUCUGAUCUUUCACACAUUGUAGCUGACUUUCAGCAAUUAUGACUACAAACUCGUUGUUUAAUGAGUGCGAAUCAUCAUUAAAUGGCGUUUGCGACACUUUGUUUACUCGAUUCGCAAAUUAUUCAAAAUGCGCUCCAUUCGCGCAAGUAUGCAUAUUUUCCUGAACUUGAAGUGAACUUCGAGAUAAGGAAUGUUUCAGUUGAGUUGAUCUCGAUCUCUAUGCAAACUAUAGAUCUAGAAUCUGCUGUAUUAACUUGCUAUUUGCUGUAACUUCUGUAAAUAGUGGAGACAAAGACUUUGCUGUCCUUGAGGGAAAACUUUCUGAUAAGGUCGAUUAUCUUUGAGGCGACUAUUAAAGGGCGUUCGUAUUGCAAUUGCUACUCUCGAGUGCUGGGGAACUUAAAAAGCUUAAAAAAUCAUUAAAGCUGAUUAAGUCACGGCUCAAUUUACAUACAUCGAAUUUGAUGGGUUCCGAGUUCAGUUGCUCUUUAAUAAGCAGAUGUUUCGCUGAAAAUGUUGCAAAGUGCAUGCGGUAAACAGUUUCGGGCUAAAUGGGCUUACCCCUUAUUGUUUAAACAAAUUCAGGUUAACAGAGCUUUUCCCCAGCCACACUAAUCGCUACAGUAAAGCUUAAUGCCAGAGUCAGAGUAUCUUAUCGCUCUUAUCAGCGUAGUAUACGAAUAUGCGAAUAUACGCGCAAGUAUUAAGAAAAUAAUAACAAUUGUGUGGCACAACAACAACACACACACACACACACACACAGACACACACCCACACCGAGAGAAAGAGUAGGGCACAAUAGAAUUGAUUACAAUCGUUUAAUGGCAAUUGGUACACCAUUCCGUCGCAGCCCACUGAGGCGAGAGCACGUCUAAUUGAGAAUUACAUAUAACGUAUAUGAACGUGUCAAAAAUGCUGAGGCGAACGUUGCGAAAAAGUCGAAAAGACCGGGUUAAGUGGAUUAAAGAUAGUGAUAAAACCAACCCAACAACAUCAAGUGUAACCAUAAUCGCUACGACUGCCGAAAGUUCGAGCAGUAGUAAAACCCCUGCCAAUGCCAACAUGAUACCCGAGACCACCCAGCCCGAUCAGCUCCAGUCACAGACACAGACACACACCCAGCUCCAGCCACAAAUCCAGUCUCAAUCGCCGUCACAGUGCCAGCUGGCACUCAGGGAUCAGGAGAAUCCCGAGAAUCUCCAGCAGCAAUCGCAGCCGGAGGAGGAGAAGCAGGCGGAGGCGCCUGGUAGCAAUGGUGGCGACAGGCGCGAUUCGAUUACCGAGGAGAUCACAAUAACGAGCACCACAAACAGCAGUCUAAGCACCAAACUCCUGACCAUUCAGGAAGCUGCCGGCAGCUUUGAGCAGAGCAGCGUCUCCAUAUCGACGUCCUCCAAACAGAUCGCUUCCACCGCAGCCGGCGCAUCGCCAUCAGCUGCUGCAGCUCCAGGUGCCAAUGAGUCCAACGGCAGCGUCCUCCGUUUAGUCCAGGCCACCUCUUCCACUAGUCCUGGCUCAAUCUCUAGUGUCGGCGCCACACCGAGCAUUAACAUUGUGUCCAGCGAUUCCCCGCGGGAUCAGCCACAACAGUCGCAGGGCGUCGACUCCAACGGCGUUGCUGCUCCAGGCGACAGUCCCAGCAGUCGCAAGAGCUCCACCAGCUCUAAGGGCAAGGCCAGCCAGGCAAAGCUAUCCACAUCCAGCAGCGGACGCGAUGAGCAGGACAUCUCGCAGCACCGGCUGAGCGAUCUCACCCAGCACGAGCUGAGCCUGCUGCGCGUCGACCGGGAGCAACAGGUGACCAGCAGCAGUUCCACCUCCAACGAGAAGCCGGCCAAGCCGUCGCGGCUCUCGGAGCGGGCCAAAAAGAAGUCCUGGUACAACGUCAUCUAUCCCAACUACAAGUCGCGCGCGGAGGACUUCAAGAAGCUCUUCAAGGACGUGCCCAACGACGAGCGCCUGAUUGUGGACUACUCGUGUGCCCUACAACGCGACAUUCUGGUCCAGGGCCGACUGUAUGUGUCGCAGAACUACGUCUGCUUCCACGCGAACAUCUUCAGCUGGGAGACGUACUUGAGCAUCAAGUGGAAGGAUGUGACGGCCAUUACCAAGGAGAAGACAGCACUGGUCAUACCGAAUGCCAUUUCGAUAUCCAGCGGCAAGGACAAGUACUUCUUUGCCACGUUCACCUCGCGCGACAAGAGCUUCUUGAUGCUCUUCCGCGUUUGGCAGAACACGCUGAUGAACAAGCAGUUUUCGCCACAGGAGAUUUGGAAACAUGUGCACACCUGCUACGGCGACGAGCUGGGCCUGACCACCGACGACGAGGACUACAUUGAUCCCACGCUGAACAACGACAACGAGCCGGACUUCGACUUCCAGACGGCCAUCGAUGACGAUAGCAACUCGCAGCGCCAGUCGCAACAGUCGAACCAAUCCAACCAGUCGAAUCCCCUGCUCCCCCAGAGCGGAAACAGCAGUGCCAGCAGCGGCGGCGGCGUCCGUGCCUCUGCCCCCCGCAAGUCGAAGACGAAAUAUUUCUUCAAUUCCUCCAAGUCAUCGGCCAACGCCUCGGCCAGCGGAUCGGAUAACAAUAAGACCAGGGAGAGCUCUCGCAAAUUGAACAAGAAGAUGAAACAGAAUGCCAAGGAGCUGACACUUAGCUCCGUGAAACCGGCGGAGCAGUCGGUGAGCGUCACCAUGAGCGCUCCCAGCGCCAGCAGCAGCAGCACAGCGGGCUCCACCACUGCCUCCUCCUCCACCAUUGCCAAUCACACGGGCUCUGGCUCCGGAUCGGGUUCUCUGUCGGGUUCAAAUACGGCGGCAGCCAGCGGCAGUGGCAGCGACAAAAUGAGUGCGGAGAAGAAGGUUAGUACGGUUUCUAACUCGGCCGCAGUGGCGGCUGCAACAGCAGCCCAAUCACAGGCCAGUGCCAGUUCCGGGUCAGGAUCAUUGGAGUCCAAGCUGGAGAUAAAGCGAAAGCUGGGAAAAAUGCAUCGCCAACGCGAGGAGGGCAAAAAUGCUGCCGAGAGUGUGCCCACAGAUGUAUCCGACUCGUCUGAUUCCGAGGAGAACAAUUUGCCAUUUGUGCCCACCACAGAGUGCACUUCGACGCACGAGGGCCGCCAGAUCGUGCACACCAUUCUGCCAAUUAACGUGGACACCUUGUUUAAUCUACUGUUCAGCAAGUCCAAAUUCAUAACUGACUUCCAUGCCAUGCGCAAGUCAACGGACCUCGUGUUGGGCGAGUGGACCAAGAACGAGGAGGGCCUGCAAGUGCGCACAGUGAACGUCACCGUUCAAUUGGCCGCCUCUGUGGGACCCAAGACCUCAAAGGUAACCGAGUACCAAACGCAGCGAGAGUGUAGCAAACCGGGCGAACUGUAUUCCAUAGACGUAAAUAGUGUUAAUGCAGGCAUUCCAUACGCGGACAGUUUCAGUGUGCUCAUACACUUCUGCCUGGCCAGAACUGUCGAUGAUCACACUAUGCUCUCAAUUCACACCCAGAUCAAGUACAAGAAGUCGAUCUGGGGCGUGGUCAAGGGCUUCAUUGAGAAGAACACGUGGGCGGGCCUGGAGGACUUCUUUGGCGCCCAAUUGCAUGCGCUCCAGAGCGAGACCUGCAUUCCACCUGCCAAGGGAAAGGGACGGAGGCCGAGGAGAGGCAUGAAUCAGCAAUCCGCCACAUCCACGUCGACCACCUCCAUCACGACAGGUGCCCUCCAUACAGCCACAAGUACGGACAAUGACAGCAUCCAAGAGUCGCGACAUUCCCAUCAGCAGGAACAGCAUCAGCACCAGCACAUGCACAUGCACCAUCAUCAUCACCAUCACCACGGUAGUCAGCAUCAUCAUCACGAACCCAGGCACUCCCACCAUCAUCAGCCUCUGCUUCCCCAUCAUCACCAGCAUCCUCAUCACUGGCAUCACCGUAAGGCUCUACUGCAGUCCAGCAGAGGUACCGCCACCCAAAUUCGCCCUCUGGAGGAGGCAGUUGGUCCGGCCCCAGCCGGUGAUCCCCUGGAGACCCAAAUGCUGUCCGCGGGUAGCAUUCCUGGGGCGGCAGUCGGCGCCGCCGCCGGUCAUCCGCUGCUGCUCGAGGGCGGCAAGCAGCAGCAGCUCCACCACCAGCAGCAAAUGCACCAUCACCACCUACAGCCGCACAAGCAGCACCUACAGCAGCAGCAGUUGCAUCUGGGCGGCGGCGACGGCCAGCCUCUGGCAACGGGUCAUGGGUCACAGGGUCACAGACUUAGACACAAGGGCUUGUGGUUGUUGGUUAUACUCUUGCUGUGCUUGAUGCUGGCAUUAAAUGUGAUAUUAUUACUUAAGCUCUGGAGGCUGGAGGAACGCAUUGACGUGGAUCUCAAUCGGCGGGCCCGCAUGCCCAGUUUGGCGGCCUUGAGUGAGCUGCCGAGCACGAAUCAGGAAUGGCUGGAACUGCUGCGCGACCAGGAGAUGGCGCACGAGAAUGAGUGGCACAAGUGGCAACAGGUGCUCCAAACUGCCAUCGAGCUGCUGAAAAAGGUGAGCAUUGUCUGCGAAAAGAUCACCAACGAUAGCCACCUGCGUCAGAGCAUCGAGUCGAUGUCGAUGUCGAUGGCGGGGCGCACUGAAUUCUAAGCAUCUCAUUAGGCGGUGAUUAACAGCAGCAAUCAGAGACUUCGGCAAAAACAGCAAGAGCGACAACUAAUUGUAACUUUAACACUCACUACCACACACACACAUGUAUACUUGCAACGCGUUUCAUAACUGCAGGGCAGAUUUAAUGACUCCAAUUAACGUCGUCAGCGUUAUGAAUGAAUAUGAAUUUUUACUGGAUACAUUAGUUUUUUAUUUAAGAACCUAGGUUGUUUUCUAUUUGCAUUUAAUGUUUUUGUUUUUAUUACUUACUACCGCCAACUUUACUCUCCAUACGAGCAAAUGAAACGGUCUGAAAGUUUUGAAACGCACUGCACCAGCGGGCAUUUGUUACUGAUCUCCUAGUUAGCAAUACACAAAACCCCAAAUUGUGCAUGUUCUUCUCUCUCGGAUUAAGAAGCACAUCCUCUGACACUGAAUAGGCAGGUUAAUGUUGAACAUUCAUGUAUCCCAAUCAAGGUUUACUCUAUGUUUUCCAACAUCUAUCUCAAGCAGAAUUGAGUGUUCUUUAGAUAUAAGUCCUGUAUCCCGUAGAGCAAACUCAAGGCCAGCACAGUUUAUGUAUCAUGACUAACGAUUGAAAUUGUAUUGAAAAUCCCAAACAAAAUUUUAAUAUUCAGAAUGAAGAAUAGGGAAGCAAUUCCCGUGGCACCACACAAACUCACUGUUAAAACCCUGUAUUUUUGUAAGUAAUUUUUAAUUUUUGUAUUUACCCUUGUAGAAAGUACUCAUUCACUCUCACCUAACCCAUUUUAUGUUUGACUAAUUUGUAUCUUGGAUGCUUCCCUGUACAACGCUUUUUAUGUGGAGAACAUAAGUUUGCUUUAAACCCGUUUUACUCAAAUACCUUUUGUUUUUCAGACUGAAAGAACUUUGGCUGAAAUCAUUGUACGCUAGCAGUAAAAUUAUUUAACAAAAUGUGCAAGUAAAAUGAGUCCAAUCCAAUUGUCUUCGACAAGUUAGCAAAACACCCAAAAACGUUUUUUUGGGCCAAGAGCAAAGCCACCAAAAAAUCUGAAAAUGAAUUUAAAAUUCAAUUAACAUUUAGUCACAAACCCAACACACUUUGAAAAGAAAUUAAGAACACAAACCAAUAAGUUUGUAUACAUAUUUACGAUUAUGUUUUAAUGGUAAGAAAAGCGCAGUGUAAUUUAUGAUCUAAGUAGCUGCAUUUUAGUUAGAUUAGGGCAAUUGUUUUGUUUUUAUCACGGCAUUUACGUGUAGCACCUGUUUGCUUGGCUUUGCUUCAGACAAAUGUAUCUACAAAUCCUCAAGUAUUUCAUAUCUCACAAAACAUACCAAAAACCGAAACAAAUCAAGAGAGAGCGCCCUGAAUUUUUGUUUUAGAAAAUUCAUUUACAUGUCGAGCAAGCGCAAAACUGGCAAACUGGAGAGUAUAUAACUAUAACUAUAAUUAUAACUAUAACAUAAUUGCCAGUCCAUGGCUAGGGGAAAUUUGAUAAAAGCGAUUAUACAAAAUACUUAUUGUGUACAAUAUUUUUGUAAAACCAAUCGAAACAAUUGUGAGCAAUGUUUUCGUUCUUUUGUAUAACUCCUUCCAACUCUUUACCCUUUUCGAUUUUUGGCGCCCGUUUACAGACGAUACCGAUACUGAUACUGAUACUGAUACCAAUACCAAUACAAAAAUCAGAAACAAGAUGCUUCAAACUAUUUAAUCUAAAUCGCAAGUCAGAGCUAAGGCCAGUAACUGCGUACUCUAUAUACACUAUAUAUAUGAACCGUAUAUAUGGCCAAGUAUUGUUAGUCUGUAGUAGUUGCAUUUUAAAGUACGAGAGCAGAAAUAAACAAAGCAAAAGCUAGAAAAAACAGAAACUUGUGCGAAUUGAAUGUGAAGAGAAGAGAAAUCUAAACUGGAAUAAUUAAGAAAAUACAUUUAGAUUUAAGCUAACAAAAUUUAUAAGUUGGUUAAUGCCACUCUAAAAACUAACUCUCGUCAAAUUAAUUUGGGCCCUAGCAAAAUUGGCUUACAAUCUGUGUCACAAGUUAGGCUUAUUAAGCAGAACAUACAAGAAUAAGAAACCGAAUGUUAAGCUGCAGCAAUGAAAAUUCUAAUUUAUUAUAAAACCAAAUAAAUAAAAAUAAAAAAAUACCGCCUUAAUUUGAUGAAUGGGCACUAAAUUAUAA